AACCAAUGUGAGCAGCUUCCCAUAGCCAUCUGCUCAAGAAGAGCAAGGAGAUUGAAGCAAGCAUCUGUAUCUACGGGCUCAGCAGCUAAUCUCUUGCAGGACCGUCUCAGACACAGAUCUCACCAUGACAUCCAACAACAGAAUUCAAGGUGGGAAAGCUUUUGGCAUCCUGAAGGCUCAGCAGGAGAUGCGGCUGGAAGAGGUGAACCAGGAAUUCCUCACGGAUGAAAAGUACAUGGACAUAGAGGAUAUAGAGGAGAAACUGGCAUCAUGUAAAUGCAAAUUCAUGGACUUUGACCUAAACGAUCAAGGGGAGAUUGACAUGAUGGGUCUCAAAAUGAUGAUGGAGAAGAUGGGGGUCCCAAAAACGCACCUGGAGAUCAAAAAGAUGAUCACAGAGGUGACCGGGGGGAUGAGCGACUCUAUCUGCUACCGGGACUUUGUUAAAAUGCUUAUGGGAAAGCGUUCAUCAAUUUUUAAAAUUAUUAUGAUGUUUGAAGGAAAAGCCAAUGAAACCUACCCAAAGCCAGUCGGCCCCCCACCCAGGAGAGACAUCAGCAGCCUUCCCUGAGGGAGAUGAACGGAACGGCCGCCUGCACUAUUUUCCUGCAUAAAAGCCAAGUACUUCGGAGCAUUGCAACAAUGGACAUUCACCAGCGGACAAAGUGCCUGGAGAGAACAGUACUCGCUCUCUCUCCCACCACCUCUUCUUCAUGUCUUUAUCCUAUCGCCCAACUUUUCCCCCUAUGUCAUAUAGAACUACUAUUUAUUACAGGGAGCAGCUCUGGUGAGGCAUUAUAACUCAGUGGUCAGAUACCAAUAGGGUAAUGUUACUGAGGUUUAACAGGCCAGGCCUUACCAAUGGAUCUCUGAAAACCAGAACAGCUAGCGUUACCUCUCAGUGCCUUCGCUUAGUUAAUCCAUUUUUGGUAUGUUGUAAUUUUUGCAAUCUAUUAGAGUGCAGUCUAUUAGAGUGUAAGCCCUUCAAGGAAGUGAUUUUCAUAGUUCAUACCAAACCAUUGUGCGGAGCAGUGUGCGUUGCUCUACAGUGGCAUACAGGUGUGUUGUACGUCAAGAGUGUUUUCAGUUUUUGUUUUGGCCUAAUGUUCUUAUGUGAUAUCUUAAUAAUGUAUAUUUUGUAAAGAGUUGUCUAUACUAA